UUCCAAUAGGUGGCCGUAACGUGCACAACAAUGGCAGGUGCUCGCUGAGAUACUAGACGGGGUUUUCACAGCCUGAAUAUUGUCUGCGACAGCGAUAUGGAUAGACUCAGUAUCAUUUCCGGGGCUCUGUUCUUCACAGCAGAUGUGUUUGCUGUGAUAAGCCUUGCGUUACCGAACUGGAUUGUAUCAGAUAUCGGAGGUCGUACGUAUAUCGGUUUGAUGGAGUCCUGUCUGAGUAACUACAACCAGCCCCAGACGUGUUUCACAACAAGUCCACUGAGACUUGAGUGGUUGCUGACCUUCGUGUGUAUCAUCUUGGGCAUACUAUGUAUAACAACUACCAUCAUACUUCUCAUCAUGUCUCACUGGAAGUACCGCAUCAUGAAGCACGCUCGGUGGCUCGGCUUUAUAGCAAUGGUACUUUUCUGUAAAGCAGCAGUGAUUUUCCCAAUUGGCUUCAACAUGGAACAGAUCGGAGGGAAGGCUUACCAAUUACCGAACAAUUACCAAGUGGGGAUCUCCUACAUAUUCUUUGUGCUGGCACUGUGGAUAACGGUUGUCUCCGAACUUUUUGCCAGCAAAGUGUGUCUGCCGCAUUUUUAAAAGCUGAAUAGUGCUAUAAUUGUCGUGAUCUGAUGAGCUACGAUCACAGUGAGUCUUUCGCUAUAUUUAACUUAGGCCAUAUGACAGAUAUGUCUGUUUAAACUUCAUUAUUAUUAUAUAUUAAAAUUGAUGUUGAUUUCACAAUGGUCAUGCUACUUAUUACAAACUAUCUUACAGUUAGUUGGAAGAAUUUGGAUGAGCAGAGUUGUUAGGCCAUGGGUCACUUGUAUAAAACAUCUCAAAGUUAAGGAAAAUCUCAAGCAAUGUAUUGUCUAUGGGAAAUCUUAGACUUGAGAAAAUCUCAAGAGUUGAGAUGUUUUAUACAAGUGGGCCCAGGUGUAUACUAUUUUAUAUUUCGAGUCUGCAGGCAGAUUUUGCAGUAUUCAUUAGACAGACUUUAUAUUUCCAGAAUAAAUAUCGAAAAUGUUCACCUACAUAAGCCCUAGCCUGGCAUCAAAUCUACUGGCCCGGAGUGUUGGGCUAUUGAAAGUGUACAUCCUUUGAAUCAAAUUUAUAGUCCCUAUUCAGGAUGUUCUGAAAAUCUGAAAAGGUUGUAUGAUAAACUUGCAUUAAUGUAUAAAAUGUUUUGUAAGUAAUUGUCAUAUGUUAAAAGAAAAGUGUGAGUUGAUGUAUUAAAUCCUUGUACGUGUAUUAACUUCAUACACUUUUAAUUACUUGGUCAGUAUAUAAGGCCGUAAUAAAUUAACUUUUUGGUUCUGAGGGGAUGUACACAUUUCUGUUGAAUUUGCCAAACUACUCUUUUUAAUGGUUAGGCGAGGGAAAUAUGGAAGUUUGUGAAAUUUCUCUUGAAAUUUAUUCUACGUAAAGAAAUCAAUGGUAAUUAGAUAAGGGAAAAAUAUCAAAGUAUCUGAAAUAUAUCCUAAAAUAGAAUCCACUAUCAAGUUUUCUUGAUCAACAUUUUAGAACCAAAUUGAAGCAAAUCAGAAAACACUCCAGCAAGAUUUAGUGUCACUCAAUUUUUAGGCUCUUCCAAAAACAAGUAAACAAUUUUGAUUGUUUUGAGCACAAUAGUUUCCCCUAUAUGACAUUAUAUCUGAGAUGGAAAAACAAAUUUCACUGCGUAUUGAGAACCAAGUACUGGCAAGUAGUUAAUUUUGUAUGGCCUAAUCAUUGCUUACUACCCCUAUAUCAUUUAUGGUGUAUAUAUAAAAACACAAUUGUAAUAUUAUACUUUAUAUUAUUUGACCUAACAGUGUAGUGCUAUUUAGAUGAUUUUAUGUAUUUCGAAAACUUGCAAUUCAUUACCGGUAAUUAGAAUUUAGAGUGUAUAACAUUGUGCAAGAGUUAUUUCCCUUUUGUUGCUUUAACGGAAACAAAUUGUGUGUUAAUUAACCCUUUCACCUCUGUUAUACCAUAAUGGACUCAUCCAUAUCAAUGUAUGGUAGAGUCUACACAGGUUACAUAGGGGUGAAAGGGUUAAUAUUUUGCUUUGUGAAUAACACAGAAGACAAAAGCUGCCAGUAUUAAAAAAGUUGUUUGUUAUCUAAGGCCAGUGAUCUUAUGUCAUACAUUACAUUUUUUUGAUAAAAUCAUGUUAUGUCAAAUAAGACAUUCUCUCAACAUAAGUGUGUUCUUUCUAGGUAGGUUUGAGUAUGAAAGUUUUACAAAACAUACCAAUAUCCAUUGUUUUUAACAUUUUGUACCCCCCGCCCCCCC